UGUGUUUCUCUGAACACAAAUGUUGACAGACAUGAGCUCAAUCAAGCUUUCUGCUGUGUUAGAGAAGCAGAUUCAGCGCCUUUGUCUGAAUGACUUUCCUUGUGGAUACGGCACCUGGAGAAAGACCAAAGACAGUCCAGAGGAAGCAGAGACAGAGGACAUACACGCCCUCCUGGAUCUGCUGAGCUGCCCUCACUCUCCAUGGCGGCAUGAGACAUCAUGGAGCCCUCAAGCUCCGGCCCUGAGGCAACUGGCUGUGCUCACUCCUGAACGCCUGCACACAGACUUCAUUUACAAUUACUUCACUGCGCUUCGCAUUGUGGGCAAGGAUGUAUCAGUCAUCGAUGACAGCCUGUUAAAGUUCUCAAAGCUGGAGGAAUUGGUGCUCAGUGACAACAGAAUCUCAGAAAUCCCUCCAGAAAACCUUCCCAGCACUUUGAAGAUUUUGGAGCUACGUGCCAACCGGUUGUCUGCCCUAAACAGUCUCACCAACUGUCUGCCUCCCCGCCUAGAGUACCUCAGCCUCGGCUCAAACAGUCUGGGUUCACAUGACGACAUCCGUCAUCUUACUGGAAGACACUGGCCACAGCUGGUGAGUCUGGACCUGAGUGACUGUGAGUUUAAGGCCCAGCAGGCCCUGCUGAGCGCCUUGAGCACGCUCACCUGCCUCAGGACGCUGGUGCUGGAGGGAAACCCAUUCACUCUGGCUCCCUCCUACCCGGGCUUCACUGUGGACAGUCUCCCACAGCUCUCUUGCUUGGACACGUCAUGGCUCUCUGCUGAUGAAAGGCAGUGUUUUAGGGGCUUGGCCAAGAACAGUGAUCUGAUAGUGGACCGGGCAUCAGCCACAGUUAGUGUGGGCAGGGUGAAGGGAAUCCCAAACCCAUUGAUGAGAGUGGAUGAAAAUGCUCCUGUUGUGACCUACGCCUAUUUCAUCACAUAUGAGUUCAUCAGUCAUCAAACUGUUAACUUGAACUUAGACAGGAAGUCUGAAUUGGAGGCUGCACAUGUAACAGAAGACUGCUUCAGUGAUGCUGACCUACAAUCAAUCAGAAACUGUGAAAAAGAAUCAUCCACACAAGACGUAAUGGUGUAUACUGAGGAAACCUGCCAUGACUUUUCUACAGUGUCAGGACACAGCACAUCAAAGCUGACCUGGUCAGAGUGCAUGGACUUCAGUCACACACAAACCUACAUUGUUAGUGAUCUGGGAGGCUUAAAGAGAUUCUUCAAUCGAGGACUUUAUCUUACAAUAGAGGAGGAAAAGGUCCUGUCAUGGCCUGCAGCCUCUGAAGAUGUCCAUGUGGCCAAUCCCAGCCGACCUGUAAAAGAGAAGAAAAGUGGGAAAGGGAAAGAAUCUCCAAUCAAAUCUGGAUCCACCAAAGACAAAUGUACAGACAAAAAGAAGAAACCUGUUCCAGAACUGGUCCAGGACGCCCCCAUCAGAAGAAUACUACGCUCUGUCCACAUCCCCCUGCAAAGCCUGGUCACAGGAGCACAAAAGGUUGAUGUCCUCUGUGACCUUGGGGCUCUGCGCCCUGAGUCUGGGGUGGAAGCACAAACACUUGAAAAGGAUCUGGGAAAGAAAAUCAAAGAGGACAAGAAGAAGGACAAGGAAUCGAAGCAGAGAGGAGGCAGUGGCACUAAACCGAAGAAUAUAGCAGCUCCAAAAGGCAAAGGAAAGGGAGGGCAGGAAUGCGAGAUGGACGUCCACUCAGAAAACUCCACGUCCGUCCGACUGGAACCGAUGACUGUGGAGUUUAAUGUGGAGCUGGAGAAAUGGCAAUCUGCAUCUGAAGCUCAUCAACUUCUGCUCCCACACCAAAACUCCUGA